UAAGACCGUGGAAACCGGCGGCCCAAAAUCUUAACAUUUGCUGUUUCGGAGAUUUCAGCAUCCCACACCGAUGCGAUCAAACCGUUAACGCUGUGUAUGAAUCUGGGAAGGCGACUGUUGGAUCUCUGGAGCUGAAAAUCGGUCGCUUCGUUAGGAAGCGAACAGAAACAUCAGCAUGUCUGCCAGCGCUGUUUAUGUGUUGGAUCUGAAAGGCAAGGUCCUGAUCUGCCGUAACUACCGCGGCGAUGUGGACAUGUCUGAGAUCGAGCACUUCAUGACCCUGCUGAUGGAUAAAGAAGAGGAGGGGACUCUCUCCCCCAUCCUGGCCCACGGAGGAGUGCGCUUCAUGUGGAUCAAACACAACAACCUCUACCUUGUUGCUACAUCUAAGAAAAACGCCUGUGUGUCCUUGGUUUUCUCCUUCCUGUAUAAAAUCGUUCAGGUGUUCUCAGAGUACUUCAAGGAGCUGGAAGAGGAGAGCAUCAGAGAUAACUUUGUCAUCAUUUAUGAGCUGCUGGAUGAGCUGAUGGACUUUGGCUACCCACAAACGACAGAUAGCAAGAUUCUCCAGGAAUAUAUUACACAAGAGGGGCACAAGUUGGACACAGGCGCCCCACGACCCCCUGCCACGGUGACCAACGCUGUGUCCUGGAGGUCAGAGGGCAUAAAGUACAGGAAGAAUGAGGUUUUCCUGGACGUCAUUGAGUCAGUGAACCUCCUGGUGAGUGCGAAUGGGAACGUCCUACGCAGUGAGAUUGUGGGCUCCAUUAAAAUGCGAGUGUUCCUCUCAGGCAUGCCAGAGCUGCGUCUGGGCCUCAACGACAAGGUCCUGUUCGAAAACACUGGACGAGGGAAGAGUAAGUCUGUGGAGCUGGAAGAUGUGAAGUUCCAUCAGUGUGUGCGUUUGUCCCGUUUCGAGAACGACCGCACCAUCUCCUUCAUCCCUCCAGACGGAGAGUUUGAGCUCAUGUCUUACCGCCUCAACACACACGUGAAGCCACUGAUCUGGAUCGAGUCUGUGAUUGAGAAGCAUUCGCACAGCAGGAUUGAGUACAUGAUAAAGGCCAAAUCACAGUUCAAGCGACGCUCUACAGCCAAUAACGUGGAGAUCCACAUCCCUGUACCCACAGACGCAGAUUCACCCAAGUUUAAGACCACCGUGGGCAGUGUGAAGUGGGUCCCAGAGAACAGUGAGAUUGUCUGGUCCAUCAAGUCUUUCCCUGGAGGUAAGGAGUAUCUGAUGAGAGCUCACUUCGGUUUGCCCAGUGUGGAAGCAGAAGAUAAAGAAGGAAAGCCACCGAUCAGCGUCAAGUUUGAGAUUCCCUACUUCACCACCUCUGGAAUACAGGUGCGCUACCUGAAGAUCAUUGAGAAGAGCGGAUACCAGGCACUGCCAUGGGUACGAUACAUCACCCAGAAUGGAGACUAUCAACUCCGGACCCAGUAGUACAACUUCAGCCGUCUCCUGCGGAGCCUGGGCCUAAAUCUCUCUCUCUCUCUCUCUCUCUCUCUCUCUCUCUCUCUUUUUUUUUUUCCCCUCUCUUUCUCUUUUUUUCUCUCUUGCUCUCU